UCGCGGCAGUCAGCCAAUCGCGUUGCGAGUCGUGGAGCAGUAACUUUAGCGCUGUCACAGAGUUCAGAGGAGCGAUCAGCUGCUCUGCGUUUGAUGCGUCUUUGGGGCAGAAAGCAGCGGAGGGUCUGACCACAGGCAUGGCGGCAGCUCAGUCAGUGUUCACUUUGGCCGUGAGCAUUCUGCUCAUCACAGAGUUCAUUCUGGCCGAGAAAGACUACUACGAGAUCCUGGGCGUACCCAAAGACGCAUCUGACCGGCAGAUCAAAAAGGCUUUCCAUAAAUUAGCCAUGAGGCAUCACCCCGAUAAAAACAAAAGCCCUGACGCAGAGGCAAAGUUCAGAGAGAUCGCCGAGGCGUACGAGACAUUAUCAGAUGACAGACGGAGAAAGGAGUACGAUCAGACGAGGGGCAGUCCGUUCUCCGGAGAGAGCCCUAGAGGAGGCGCUGACCGCUUCCAUCAACACUUUAACUUCCACUUCGACGAUAUAUUCAGAGACUCCGACAAGUUCGCACACAAUGCUCAUUUGCAUAAUAAAAGGCAUUUCGAGAGGCACUUUCAGGCCCACGAAGAAGCUCGCAGCAGGCACACGAGGCACUUUCAGCACUCUUUCGGUGGAGAUAUAUUCGAUGAUAUGUUUGAGGACAUGGAGAGGAUGUUCUCUUUUAAUGGACACCAGACCCGGACUCAAAGCAAGUUUGAGGGCUCCACCAGGCAGCACUGCAGGACCGUCACACAGCGAAGGGGCAACAUGGUUACAACAUACACAGACUGCUCUUGAGUUAAUGCGCGCAUGGAAGUAUCUUAAGUAAUUAAAUCUUUGGAUCAGUUCUGAUGACCUCUGUAAAAUUGUCUGCAUCGCAUCCUCCGUUUAGGGAUCCUAAGUCUGACUUUAUACAAAAUUCUCCAUCCACAACAUAUUAUCAAUGUUAUUAAUGGUUAACAUUAACACUUAUUCACAGAAAACACGAUGAACUCAUUCAUAUGGCUGCAUUUUUUUUCAGAUAUGUUAUUUGGGACACACACACACACACACACACACACACACACACACACACACACAUAUAUAUAUAUAAUUAAAGUCUAAAUUCCUUGACUUGCAUUUACUCAAAUUCCAUCAUAAGGUUAGAAAUGUAUUGCCUUGCCCUUUUUGUAGUACAGUUUGGCAAAAUUACAAUCGUUACACAGCAUGAUUCCUUGGGCCGGUAAACAUAAAUUUAGCAUGUAAUUUGGCCAAAAAAAAAAAAAAAAAAAAACCUGUAGCCAAUUGAAAUAGCACUUUAAUUGUGAAUUAUUUAUCUAUCAUUUGUUACAAAGUCAGGAUUUAUGGUCCUUAAAAGCAUAUAAAGGUAAAGGGCUUCCGCAUUUGUUUACAUCCGAUGCCUUUUAAAACACACAGUUGCAUUUAUCAUGAAGUGCUCGAGAGCCUUGAACCUGUUCGAGAAAUGAAAGUGAUCAGUAGAAGACGCUCAAUGUGAUUUAGCAGUUAUAAAGUGCGUGAAAGUUCGGUUUGCUUGAUUUUGCACAAUGUCAUUUAAUUACCUUUUUGUUGUUGUUGUUGUUGUUUGCUGUCCUGUCUUUUUCGAGCAUUUAACUGAAUUUGUAUAUCUUCUAUCUCGGUUAACACGACACCAAAGCGAGUUGCUCUUUUUUAAGGGGAAUUCCCUUACAUGUGCAAUAAUGAUCAAUAUCUAGCUGUUGAGGGAUCCACAUAGCUGUAGGGCUUUCCUAAAGGGGAAACACACACACACACACACACACACACACACACACACAGAGCUGUAUAUGAUCAAAUGAAGUGCCGUGCUAAAAAAACGGUUACUAUUUUGCUUCAGGUUUGGUGUCAUGUUAAAUUGGAAUGUUUUUGAGCAAUUACCUGAGGCACUUCUACAAGAAAGCCAUGCAUAAUCAUUGUUUUUCAUCCAAAUAACGAUCGAAGUAUAUAUAUAGCACACUCCCUCUGUUUCUGUAAAUAUAAUUUUCCGGUUCUCCAAAGAUUGUGGCAAGACAUCGUUCGAAUUAGUUUAAUCCGAAAACUUUUAUUGCUGUGCCAAUAAACAAUUACCUCAAGUUGAA